GUAAGCGACCGCAAUACAGGUGGAGAAAACCAAAUAACCAACCUACAGUUUUCAAACAAUUAAACGUAACAACUUUAAUCCGAUAGUUGUGCACUCGGAUUAAACAUUUCAAUUAGGGGCUAUAUUAUUAGUCUAUGUAGCUCACGGAAAACCGGCCUACAGCACCAAAGAGGACAAGAUGCAUUGGUUGUAGACCCCGCUUUGUGCUCUGAGGUAUUGAUGGUCCAGCAUGCCGUACCACUGUGUGGCUUUUGGAUGCGGCAAAACCACGGAGGAUGGAGUGAAGCUGUUUAAGUUCCCCAAGGACUCCAAGGACUUUCGCAAAUGGGAGAAGCAGGUUCAGCGCACCCGCAGCCAGUGGGUCGCCACACCGAACUCUCACCUCUGCAGCGAGCACUUUGGCAGGGAGUACUUUGAGCCCAAGCAACUCCCGGGGGCUCUGAUUCUGAAGCUGGGAGCCGUUCCCACCGUCUUCGUCCGUCCGCACUGUUCAUCCUGCGAUGGCGUGGGCUGCAGCAGCUGCCUGCCCGCUAUCCAACGUCGAGGCAUUGCUGCCGAACCAAAAGAGCGCACCGCAAGUGUGGAAAAUAAUGAAAUGGCGUCGGUGCAGUUUGAUGAUGCUGACGGAGGAGGUGACAAAGAACUGACGGGAGAUGGGGUGAAUUGGGGGGGUGGAAACAAAGAAGAACUGCCAGUGGUUUGUGAGAUGUGCGGCACCAGCGGCAGCAUCAGCACCUUCUUUUCCAAGACCAAGCGUUUCUGCAGUAUUUCCUGUUCACGAUCCUAUUCGUCCAACUCGAAGAAGUCCUCCAUACUGGCACGACUGCAGGGAAGGCCCCCCUCAAAGAACGCCUCCGUGCUGAAGAAGAUGAACAAAUCCCCUCCAGCAGCAGCACUGAAUGUUUUUGAAUGGGGUCCCUACCUGGAGAAGGAAACCUCUCUGGCUGCACCGGUGUCCUGCUUCAGACAUGUGCCGCUGUGUGCCCAGUGGGAUGACAUCACUCUGGGGAUGAAGGUGGAGGUCCUGAACACCAACGCAGUGCUGCCGAGUAAAGUCUACUGGAUCGCUUCUGUCAUCCAGAUUGCAGGAUACAAAGUCCUGUUGAGAUACGAAGGCUUCGAACAUGACAGCAGUCGAGAUUUCUGGUGCAGCAUCUUCUCGGGGGAGGUGAACCCAAUCGGAUGGUGCGCCAUGACAAGCAAACUUCUGGUGCCCCCACAAGAUGUGAAGCAGAACAUCCCGGAUUGGAAGGAGUAUCUGAUGUCCAAGCUCGUGGGGUCCCAGACUCUACCGGUCGACUUCUACAUGAAUUUGGCAGAGGGCAUGAGGAACCCUAUCAAACCAGGGUUGCGCGUGGAGGUGGUGGACCCCAAGCAUGUGAGUCGGACCCGCCUGGCAGCUGUAGAGUCCAUUACAGGUGGCCGCCUGCACCUGGUGUACGAAGACCAGAGUGACGCUCGGGAGAAUACGCUCUCUGACUUCUGGUGCCACAUGUGGAGUCCUCUGGUGCACCCGCUGGGCUGGUCCAAAAAAGUGGGCCACGACAUCAAACCUCCUGCAAACGAAGCUUCUGGCAACGUUUGGAAGAGUAACUGUGAUAACUCCUUCCUGUGCUUUAAGAAGCCCAGGUAUGUUUACAUGGAAGGAGGCUUCUUUGAGCCAGGAAUGAAGCUGGAGGCCAUCGACCCUCUUAACCUGGGAAGCAUCUGUGUGGCCACUGUACAAAAGGUUCUGUUAGACGGCUACCUGAUGGUGGGGAUCGAUGGCGUCGUAUCAAACGGCUCCGAUUGGUUUUGCUACCACGCCUCAUCUCAUGCCAUCUUUCCUGUAGACUUCUGUAAAAAGAACGACAUCCCUCUCACGGUACCUCCAGGCUACGACGCUCAGACCUUCACCUGGGACAAAUACCUGAAGGAGACCGGAGCUGAAGCUGCACCGGCGCGACUGUUUAACACCGACUACCCGGGCCACGGCUUCUCCCCCGACACCAAGCUGGAGGCGGUGGACCUGAUGGAGCCGCGCCUGGUGUGUGUGGCCACCGUGACGCGCUGCGUGGGCCGCCUGCUGCUGAUCCACUUCGACGGCUGGGAGGACGAGUUUGACCAGUGGAUCGACCACCUGUCCUCGGACAUCUACCCCGCCGGCUGGUGCGAACUCAUGCGCUACCAGCUGGAGUCUCCUCCAGGACUCGUUGAUUUGGAAAACCAGGUGGCACAGAACAAGAAACCGAAGCCCCCUCCGUAUGGGAAAAGGAGAAGGAAAAGGAAGAGACUUUCUCAGGAUCAAGUUCCAGAUGACGUCGCUCAGCAGCCUGAGGUCGGUGGUACCCGCGGUUCUCCAGCCGUAGAAGGCCACGCUCUUCCCCUCAUCCAGCCCAAGGGAGAGCCAGAGGAACAGGAGAUCUUUGCAGUGCAGGUGAAAGUGGAGGAGGUGGAGGUGGAGAUGGAGAACCCCGUCGAUGUUCCUCGACAAGUCCCUUUGGGAGAAGUCAAAUCGGAGGCGGGAGGCGAGCAGAUUAAGUCAGGCCGCCAUCAGUCACCAGGCCGGGGCAGCAGAGACCACGUAGCACAUGUGAAGAGGAAGCCAAGUGAACCGGCACCAGACGGAGGGGAAGAGUGUGCAUCUUCUGAACAGAGCUUCGAGUGCAACGUGGAGCGAAGCUCAGGAGAAGAGCGGCCCGUGGAGGAAACUUCGGAGAGCAACGCGGAGCUGGAAACGACAGGAGAGGCUGCAGGAAUGGAGACAUGAGAAGACCGUGUCUGCUUGAAGAAUGGAGAGAACGACUGGACCAACGAAGAGGGUGUGCUUACAGUGAGUGUGAAAUGAGAUCAUUGUGGAAACGACGGAUGAAAUGAACUGGCUUCCUGUGACUAGCCGCCAUUAAAUAGGGAUGGCACAGCCUGCCAGUAGCAAUGAAAAGCAAGUAUUUCCACACAGUCUAUCCAUUAAAUAGCUAUUAAUGAAUGUACCUUAAAGUGAUUCACCAGGAGAAGCUAUGAAACCAUGUAGUUUAUACACUUCAAAAAGCUCCACAACAUCAAACCUGUACAAAUGUAUUCUGG